AUGGGCCGCCAUCGAGACAACAAAAUCUCGCGGUCAAUAGUCUCCGCCAUCCAAGAAGACAACAAGACUCAGAGACGACUCAGACUAUGGCGCCCUCUCAAGACCUUCUUCGCGCUCUAUGGGCUUCUGUUGAUCAGACUCCGCCCAGAGUUGUUCAAGAGGCUAAGAGAAAAGAUAUGUAAGCUUUCUGAUGACGAAUACAAGGCUAGCUUCAAGGACAAGGACGCACUCGUGGCCAAGGGCGACAUGGGCUAUUCGGGCUCGACUUUCUUCAACACCAAAGAUGACAAAUUCCUCAUCAAAUCUAUCCCUCGUCGAUUCGAGCACACCUUCUUCCGAGAUGACCUGCUGGAACCCUAUGUCUCACACAUGGAAUCCCAUCCCAAGUCACUCCUCGUCCGCAUCACCGACUUUCUUGGGUGGCGCUAUCCGAGCAUCGGUGGCCUCUUUGGCAUUGCACCAACUUACCACCUCGUGAUGGAGAACCUGCUACACGGCCAGAAACAAGGUUCCGACUGA